AUGCGAAGGGACCUUGAGGAAAUGAGCUGCAUAUUUCACUUUUUGCGUGCAAGCGGUCAUGGCAAUGUUGUAGACGACCGACAUCUCCUGCUGCUGGCGGCAAACGUACGACUCACACACGACCUUCACGAGCUUGCACUGAAGGCGAAGAUGCCGCCUGCUCGUCGUGGGGCGUGCGACAAACUCUUUGAGGAAGUGAAAAGUGUUAUCACAGAAGUUGCGGCUGUCCCUGAGGACCGUGCGGCGGCCAGUGGUGAGCGUUGUGGCCUGCACGUCUUUAGGUGUGGCAGCCUUACUAUUGACACGGCUCUGUACGACUCGGCUGUUGACAUUACGCUCAUACAACGCGUGGAUCCGCCCCCGGCCUUCUUUUUGCGCAGAAAACUUGACGAUGAAAGUGCACUCAACUCAACGCGGAUUGACGGACUGAUACGAGCUCGGAUAGCGAAUACGGAGGCCUAUAUUCUCUUGCCGUACCCCGCUUGUUUUCCUUUGGUGCUGCCAUUGAUGGGGGAGCACGACGUACUGGUUCGCGUCAAGGAUGCCGUUCUGGAUCGACUGGAACUGCAAGAGAGGAAGGAUGCCGCAGCUUGUAUCAAGACUCCAUGUACACUUUCUUUGCGUUCCGUAACAAAUAAAAUCGACCUGAAUGUGACAGUUAACCAAACAGCGGCGUUAGAGGCAGCUGCAGUGCUUCCAAGAUUACUGAAAGCCAGUAAAUCGGUGUACCCUGUGAUUAUUUUUAUGAAGUUGGUCUUGAAGCAAUUCAAUGUCCAAUAUUCACAGCUCACUCCGUACGUCCUAACCUUAAUGGUGCUUGCCUUCGCCAGGUUUUGCUCCUACGCAUCUCCAUUGCCCAGUUUCACGUAUUAUCCUCAUCGACGCGAGGAAGUUGAGUCAGGGCAUCUUUUGUUUUCCUUUCUGAGCUUUUUUAGCCCGCCUCCACGGGGACAGUUUGACCCAACACGGAUGGCGCUUGUUCCCAUUCACCCUCAUGGCGUCGUGUACGAGAUCGACGACGCAAGUAUUUCGUCACAUUUGGAUAACAACGGUAAAGGAGGAGCUUGGCGUGUACUGGAGCCAACACACUGUGGCGACAAUGCAGCUGCCUCCUGUGUUUUUAUUGACGAAUGCCGUGGCCUGUUUGAGCGUAUUCUUAUUGCGUUGCUUCACAGUUAUGUUGGUGGCGUUUUUGACUGCCCUGUGUCACUUGAUGACGCAUCUCCACAACCUGUAACUGCUGCUGAUGCUGACGAGGCACCGACGACGGCGCAACCUCUUCCCGACAAUCACCUUAUUUCUGUCUUGCUCCGGGAUUGGUGGGUUAAAAGACAGAGUGAGUCUGACUAG